AGCAUUGUCUUGGGAAAAUACCAAAUUAGAAAACAAAGGUCCAACAAUAAAAUUUCAUUUAGGUAAAACUGAAUAUGUAGGCCUAUUAACAUUUUAAUUAUUGUAGCACCCCUUUCUGGUUGAUAAAUUACUGACAUAUUACAUGUAAAUGUACAUGUAGCUACAGUUUUCUCUGAAAUGUUGGGGGAAAAUAUUGACUGCAACAAAAACGUAAAGUCACUGAACAGCCGGAAAAAAAUGCUUAAAAUAACAUAUUAGUGGGCUUACUCAGUAUUUGGUAAUAAACGCAUAAAUGACACUUCCAACUUCCGGUCGAGCCAAACACCACCGCGUUAACCAGCUCGUGCACGGCGUAAGCUAGCGUGAACUACGUAACUUUAGUAAGACGCUAAAGAACAUAUGCUAUUUAUCGCCUUAAUGUAGUGAAAGUCUAACGAUACAGAAGCAGUAAUCCAAUUUUAUCGCUUUACAGUCUUUUGGUUGUCCUCUUACUUAUAAAAUGAUAAAAUUAAACUGUGUUAAUCUUGACUCGUUUAUGGAGAAGUUCACUCAACUGGAACAGAAAAUUACUGAGGUUAAUGGCAAAAACAACAUGUGGGAGAUCAUGCAGGAGGAAACCGACAGACUCAUGAAAUUCUAUCUGACCAAGGCUAAAAGUCUGACUGAGGAGAGGAACAGUCUUCUUGUUACUGUGAACAAACUACAGCAGACUCUGCAGGAGCAAUGCAACCUCAGAGUUGAGAAUGAGAGACUGAAGAAAGAUAUGGCUGAGCUGAAGCAACAAAAUGAGAGAACAGCACAGGAUGGAGAGGCUGAGGUGCAGCAGCUGCUCAGUGAAAUGAGAGCAGAAGGAGAGAGACACAAGAGGGAGCUGGAGACUGUACGGCAGCAGUGCAGCAGAGAGGUGGAGGACGCCCACAGGCUGGGUUUCAGUCAGUUGGAAGCUAAAGGUGCUGAAGUAAAGAAGCUGCUGGAGAAAAAAGAUCUGGAACUGGAAGACAUGAAGAAGAAGCUGAAGCAGCAGGAGAGGGAGAAGCAGAGCGAGAUCCUGAAGUUACAGAUGGAGUUUGGUGCAAAGUUAGCCAGAGUUGAGAGUACAGCUCAGUGGAGCCAGCAACAACAACAACAACAACAACACAGCUCCAGCCUUCUGCCACAGAGUGUCUUCAAGAGGAAGCUGCACUUCUUCCAGGAGGAGAAGAACAAGGAGAUUGAGGCUCUGCGUCAGAGAAUCAAAGAGCUGGAAGAGAACCAGCGUGCCUGCGGCUUCAAUGACAGCCGUCUGAAGAAAAGAAAGCUGUAGCUUGUUUGGAGGCUAACAAGCUGUUGACCUGUCAGCGCUCGGGGGGUGCAAAUCUCGACGUGCCGGGGAGCACAAGUGACUAAAAUGUUUAGACAUUUUAAGAUUUGUAUUUCAGUUUCAUGUCGAAGCAAAAUUCAGAUCCUUAGAGCUAUUGAAUUUAUUUUACAGUUCUGCUUUUUGUUUGAUUAGAUUUGCAGUUUCACCGCUCUGCCUGCAGGUGACCAUAUUCCUAGUCUAAGGCUUUAAUCCAAUGAGACGCCUGAAUGGGAGCGAGGGAGGGAGGGGGAGGCGUAGA